AUGAAGUGGGUGGUAUCAAUUUUUUUAAUUUUCUUACUAAAUAUUAUGGAAUCCAGAACCAUGCAUAACAAUGCAUAUGGAAUAGCUUCCAUACUGGAUUCUUCCCAAUGCUCUGCAGAGGUGAAUUUAGCUGACCUGGCCACCAUAUUUUUUGCCCAGUUUGUUCAAGAAGCCACUUAUCAGGAAGUAAACAAAAUGGUAAAAGAUGUAUUGCCUGUAAUUGGGAAGCCCUCUGGCAAUGAACAGCCUGCAGGGUGUCUAGAAAACCAGCAUACAUUCCAUAUUGCAACUUUACCUCAGAGGAGAGAUUCAAGUUGUGUUUCAUUUCACAGGUACAUCUAUGAGAUAGCAAGGAGGCACCCCUUCCUGUAUGCACCUAUACUCCUUUCUUUGGCUGCUCACUAUGACAAAAUAAUUCCACUUUGUUGCAAAGCUGAAAAUGCAGUAGAAUGCUUCCAAACGAAGGCAGCGUCAACUACAAAAGAAUUAAGAGAGAGCAGCUUGUUAAAUCAACAUGGAUGCGCAGUAAUGAGAAGUUUUGGACCCCGAACCUUCGGAGCCAUAACCGUUACAAAGCUGAGCCAAAAGUUUCCCAAGGCUAAUUUUACUGAGAUCCAGAAACUGGUCCUGGACGUGGCCCACACACAUGAGGAAUGCUGCCGAGGAAAUGUGCUGGAGUGCCUGCAGGAUGGGGAAAAAAUUAUGUCCUACAUAUGUUCUCAUCAAGAUACUCUGUCAAGCAAAAUAGCAGAAUGCUGCAAACUGCCCAUACUUGAACUUGGUCACUGCAUAAUUCAUGCAGAAAAUGAUGACGAACCUGAAGGUUUAUCUCCAACUCUAAAUAGGUUCUUAGGAGAGAGAGAUUUCAACCAGUUUUCUUCAAGGGAAAAAGAUCUCUUCAUGGCAAGAUUUACUUAUGAAUAUUCAAGAAGACAUACUAAGUUUGCUGUCCCAGUAAUUCUAAGAGUUGCUAAAGGAUAUCAGGACUUAUUGGAGAAGUGUUCCCAGUCUCAAAACCCUCUUGAAUGCCAAGAUAAAGGGGAAGAAGAAUUAGAGAAAUAUGUCCAGGAGAGCCAAGCGUUGGCAAAGCGAAGCUGCAGCCUCUUCCAGAAACUAGGAGAAUAUUACUUACAAAAUGCGUUUCUUGUUGCUUACACAAAGAAAGCCCCUCAGCUGAGCCCACCUGAGCUGAUGGCCUACACCAGGAAAAUGGCAGUGGCAGCCGCCACCUGUUGCCGGCUCAGUGAGGAGAAACAGCUGGCCUGCGGUGAGGGAGCGGCUGACCUUAUUAUUGGACAGUUAUGCAUCAGGCAUGGAGAGACCCCUGUCAACCCCGCGGUCGGCCAGUGCUGCACUUCUUCCUACGCCAACAGGAGGCCGUGCUUCAGCAGCCUGGUGGUGGAUGAAGCCUAUGUCCCUCCACCCUUCUCUGAUGACAAGUUCAUCUUCCAUAAGGAGCUGUGCCAAGCUCAGGGGGUAGCUCUGCAAGCAAUGAAGCAACAGUUUCUCAUUAACCUUGUGAAGCAAAAGCCACAAAUAUCAGAGGAACAACUUGAGGCUGUCAUUGCAGAUUUCUCUGGCCUACUGGAGAAGUGCUGCCAAGGUGAAGAACAGGAAGUCUGCUUUGCAGAAGAGGGUCCAAAACUGAUUUCAAAAACUCGUGCUGCUUUGGGAGUUUAA